UCAUUGCAUCUCUUUCUCCGCUUGCUGUCUUUUGCGAAAUCAUUGACGAUAACAACAUCGGCGAUCUGAUUUCUUCCAACGAGCAAUACCCAGAGGCGCAUCAGCGAUUGCUUUUCUGUUUUAGUUUCAAUUUCGAUAUAUUUAGUCCUGAGUUUCUUGUUCUUCCGGCUUUUGAUUCUCUGUUUUUUGUUUUUUGUUUUAUUGUUGUUCUCGAUUGAUUGACGAAGAUCUUUGUUGGGUUUGUUGGGUUUUGUUUGACACAGGACCCAUGACUCCUCCUGACAGGAUGCGAUCAAGAAGCCCGCUUCGUGAGCUUCUCAGAAGGAGAAAUUCUCGAGAUAAUCUCGAUAGGUUCAUACCAAAUAGAUCUGCCAUGGAUUUUGAUUAUGCGCACUACAUGCUGACUGAAGGGGUGAAAGGGAAGGAGAACCCGUCUGGGCUAUGCUCUCCAUCUAGAGAGGCUUAUCAGAAGAGAUUGGCUGAGGCCCUCAAUAUGAACAGGACAAGAAUCUUGGCAUUCAAGAACAAGCCACCAACACCUCCAGUUGAUCCCUUCCCACAUGAGAUGCUCUCAUCUUCUAUGCAUCAAAAGAAACCCUCUAGGCCCCGGCGGUCUAUUCCUCAGAGUUCUGAUCGGACACUUGAUGCUCCUGAUAUUCUGGAUGAUUUUUACUUGAAUUUACUUGACUGGGGAAGUAACAACAUACUUGCCAUCGCUCUGGAUAAAAAACUAUAUCUAUGGGAUGCUUCAAACGGUUCUACAUCAGAACUUUGCACAGUUGAUGAUGAUGAUGGCCCUGUAACGAGCAUCAGUUGGGCUCCUGAUGGGCAGCACAUUGCAGUUGGCUUGAACAACUCCCAUGUCCAGCUGUGGGAUCAUCAUGCCGGGAGACGGCUAAGAACAUUGAGAGGUUGUCAUCGGGGACGAGUAAACACAUUAGCUUGGAACAAUCACAUACUUACAACAGGAGGAGCAGAUGGUGGAAUCAUCAACAAUGAUGUUAUGAUUCGGGAACACACUGUAGAAUCCUAUAGGGGACACCACCAAGAAGUUUGUGGAUUGAAAUGGUCCUCUUCAGGUCGGCAAUUGGCCAGUGGGGGAAAUGAUAACCUGCUUUUUAUCUGGGACAGAUUCAUGGCUUCUUCAAAUUCUCCCACACAGUGGCUUCACAGGCUUGAGGAACACACAGCUGCAGUGAAAGCCCUUGCUUGGUCUCCAUUUCAGGGAAAUUUGCUUGCCUCAGGAGGAGGUGGGGGUGAUCAGAGCAUUAAAUUCUGGAACACUCACACUGGUGCUUGCUUGAAUUCAGUGGACGCUGGCUCACAAGUCUCUGCUCUUUUAUGGAACAAGCAUGAACGUGAAUUGCUUAGCUCUCAUGGGUUUACACAGAAUCAGCUCAUAUUGUGGAAAUAUCCAUCAAUGGUGAAGAUGGCAGAGCUCACUGGCCACAGAUCCAGAGUACUCUACAUGACUGAGAGCCCAGAUGGAUACACAGUGGCAACUGCAGCUGGGGAUGAGACUCUGCGGUUCUGGAAGGUGUUUGGGACUCCAGAAGAAGUAAAGCCGGCACCUAAAUCUGAACCAUUUGCUUAUGUGAACCGCAUCCGAUGAAGACCAUAAAAAAGAUAACAGCUUCUAAAGUGUUUCUUCUCCAUUGAAUUGGUGGUUAGAGUAGGUUUGUGGAAUAGAAGGUAUAUAAUAGGCUGGUAUUAUUAAGCUGAUGUUUGGUUUUUCUAUUUUGACCAUAGCCCGAUGCUUAUUGUUUAACUUUUAAAAUAUGUAUAGUUAAAUUGAUGUAAAUAUCUGAGAAUUUUUUUGGUUUAGGAUUGUCCAAAUGUCAAUCUCGACAUUGGAAGAACAAUUUUCCCUGUAAAGUUCUUAUACU